AUGCAGAAGGGCCAGCAGGUCCUGUUCUACUUUGAGUCCGAUGCCGGUGACCCACAGGCACCGCUUCUCUUCUGCGGCUCCCGCGCCAAGGGAUCCGGGAAGCAGGGAGGCGGCUUCCUGUUUGUGGCCUCCCACACUUGGCUGUAUGGGACGCUGGAACAAUCCGUAGACCCUGCCAAGGUAGAGUCAGAGCGGAAGGAAACAUGGCCCUUGGUGCUUCCAAAGGGCGAGUACAACUUCGUCACGCGCAAGGGAGCACCUGUGCCUUCAGCCACGAUGCCCCAGCGAGUUCGCUGGGUCUGCGACGCUAAGAUGCCGCCGUGCAAGCUUUCGCUGCUUUUCGUCCGGUGGGGCGGCGAGUACUCCAAGUGGAUGGAUGAGCAGGAGGCGAACGAUGGCGAUUGGGGCAAGUACGGCUCUCCACCAAGCGAUGAGUACAUGGGCCAUGUGGUGGAGCAGGGCUUUAAGAAGCACCCGGGCCUCCACGGUCAAGAGGGUAUUCCGCAGUGGGAGCUGCACCAUGUCUUCGUUGCAAGCUCAAAGGACGCCCUCCAGAUAGCUCCGCAAGCGCACAUGAUCCGGGCCGGCAUGAAAGGUCCCCGCCGUGCGGCCUUCUGGAUGCUUUGGCCUGCCGAGUGGGAGGACUUCGGUGAUCCAGACUACGCCUGCUACGUGGAGCGCCACGCAAUGUUUGCUGCCAUGCGUGCUUGCGAGGCGGCUGCCAUCCGCAGUAUUUUCCCUCAUGCGGCGGACCAGUACGAGCUCAUCACGUCCAAGUCGUGGAUGGCGACGCUCUCAUUGCAUCCAGGAGUGUGCCUUCCGGCGGCGACCCUGGUGAGCAAGGGCGCCGUGAAGAUCAACGCGGAGGCAGCUGCAGAGAACGCACUGCAAGCAUUGCACCACAUUCGGAGGAUGAACCCUUUCCCGGUGGGCGCCGGUGAGCCCCCAGCUCCGUCUGUCAUCAACAAAGAUGGUGUGGUCAAGGGAGUGGUGAAGCUCGGAUGGAGCUGGGAGAACCGCUUCGUCGUCACCUUCACCAGCCCCAAGCAUUUGCAGGCUAGGCUGAAGGAGCUGCUGAAUCAGCAGGGCUGCUUGGCCACCUACUGCAUUGUGCAGGAGUGGGUAGAUUUUGAUUUCGAGAUGCGGCAAUACUACCUGCCACCGCCGACGUGGCCGGCUGAGCACCCAAUCCAGCCGACCAUGAUCCAAUGCAAUGCCUGGGGCCCGUCGGAUGACACCAAAAAUGUGGGUGUCUCGCGAGCGAGCUUCUCCAAGCUUUCUGAGGCCAUGGUGCUGGACAAGUGGGGCGGAGACAAAGAAGCUUGGGAAAUGGCCAAGGAAAAGGCCACCAACAUCGCUCAGAUCUUGCUGGCCUGGCUACUCUCUGCAGAGCACCAGCCGGUGCCCUCCAUGCGCCUGGACUUUAUGGUCAAGCGCAUCGGUCCCGGCAAGGCACGCGUCGUCUUCGGCGAGGCUUGUCAGCAUUUUUGGUUCUGA